CACUACGAGAUAUUGCCGAAGGCUGCGGAUCGAGGAUCUACCGAUAAAACGUUGCUUAAUGUUUAUUUCAUAUCGAUGCUAUUGAAAUUAAAGAACAGUUUCAUAAUUAAUAAUGCAGAUUUUAUUUAUAAUGAAUCAUUUGUUUUUAAUUUUUCUUAGCAUCAUCGGAAUUUCCUUUUGUGAUGAUGAAUCAGAUGGACACAUAACGUAUUAUGUUUACCACUCUUUAGAACCUAGUACUGUUAGGCCAGUUUAUGAGCAAAGAGGAAUAAUAACCUAUUUUUCAAAUAGAAAUGAAGCUAUUUAUACUGAAGAUAGUCCAUUAACAAGUGUGAAAAUUGAAAAGCUAAAAAAUUUAGCUGCAACUGAUGAUAUUUAUCGUGUUAAAAUUUCUUCCAAACCUGAUGAUCCUGAAAGUUCCACUGCAUUUUCCUUUACAAAAGCUUGUGCUGUUUAUGAAUCGGGACUCUCUGAUACACUUACAAUAGCUUUAGACCAAAGUGGCCUACCUGUUGGGAUAGCAAUUUCAGCAUCACCACCUUUUUGUACUGCAUCAGCUGUUUCUGAGAUCAAAUUGCUUAAUUUCAAUACAUCAGUUAAUAUAGUGCCACUUGUAAAUGCUCCUGCACCUGACACAUUAACAUAUAUUCAAAGGCUUGAACAAGAAAAAGCAGAAAAGGCUAGAGGAGAGCAAGGUGACAAUAGAUCUUUCUUAUCAAAAUAUUGGAUGUAUAUUGUACCUUUUCUUAUAUUUGUCUUCAUCUCUGGAGCAUCAUCACCAGAAGGACAAGGUGGUGGUCGAUGAAUCAACAAAAGAAGAAUGGUUUAAAAUUAGAAAAAAUUAUUAUUUAUUUCUCUAAAUAUUGUUUAUUGUAUAUUGCUAGAUUUCAUUAAACUUGUAUUAUAAAAUUUUUUAAUUUA